CCCUUCUAAUGUCAAAAUAUAUCGGAACGGUACACCGAAAAACAUUAAGGAUUUUGUUUGUCAUCGUCGAAGUGUACCACCGUAAUUAUUGUUGAGAACAUAUUUGCUAGAUUUUGUGAUAGAAACGAUUCGAUAGUUCACUAAUCAUGGAGACAUUGAUGGGAAUUCGCGGUCCAGAUUUCGUGAUGCUGGCUGCCGACUGUACACACGCUCACUCAAUUAUGGUGUUAAAGGAUGAUGAAAAUAAAAUUUAUAAGAUCUCCGAUAAUCUACUGAUGGCCACCAUUGGAGAGGCAGGUGACCGAGUACAGUUUACGGAGUACAUUAGCAAAAACAUUCUUCUGUACAAAAUGCGCAACGGCUACGAACUGGGUCCGAAGUCAGCGGCACACUUUACUCGGAAGAAUUUGGCUGACUAUUUGCGUUCUCGUACUCCGUAUCAAGUUAAUGUUCUGGUCGGCGGAUAUGACGAAGCGGAUGGGUCUCAGUUGCACUACAUAGAUUAUCUAGCCAACUCAUUGCCGGUGAAGCACGCAGCUCACGGGUAUGGAGGCUUGUUCGUGAACAGUAUCUUGGAUCGGUAUUACCACGAUAAAAUUACCCAGGAUGAGGCGUACGAGAUCAUGAAAAAGGGCGUUGUCGAAAUUCAAAAGCGAUUGAUAAUCAAUAUGCCCAAUUUCAAAGUAUCCGUUAUCGACAAGAACGGUAUCAAGGAGCUGCCGGAUAUUACUGCUGAAACUCUGAAGGAACCUGUAGCGGCUUAGAUUUUAAGGGUGUAUUAGAUUCUUCAAUAGCACGUUGAAGUGGAACAAUAAAUUUGGUUUAUAUUUCUAAAUGAGAAAAUAA